AUGAAGACUGAUUUCCAGUUCUCCAACUUGCUGGGCACCGUCUAUAGCAGAGGCAAUCUACUCUUCACGUCCGAUGGCACCUGUCUGCUGUCGCCCGUAGGCAACCGCGUCACCGUCUUCGACCUGUUCAACUCCAAGUCAUACACUCUCCCCUUUGCACAUCGCAGAAACAUUGCCCGUCUGGCCCUCAAUCCGCAGGGUAACCUGCUCCUCUCCGUCGACCAAGACGGCCGCGCCAUCCUCACCAACCUCGCCCGCCGCAUCGUCCUCUACCACUUCUCUCUCCGAGCCGAGGUCACGGCACUGUCCUUUGCGCCCUCGGGUCGUCACUUCGCCGUCGGACUGGGGCGUCAGAUCGAAGUCUGGCAUACGCCGUCGACGCCCGAUGUCACCCAAGGUGAGCUGGAAUUCGCGCCCUUCGUGCGACAUCGCAUUUACACGGGCCACUACGAUGCUGUGCAGGGCUUAGAGUGGUCCGCUGACUCGCGAUUCUUUCUCAGCGCCUCCAAAGAUAUGACGGCGCGGAUAUGGAGCGUCAGCCAAGACGAGAGCCUCGCGCAAACCACUCUCAGCGGACACAGGCAGGCCAUUGUGGGCGCCUGGUUCUCCAAAGAUCAAGAGACCAUCUACACCGUCAGCAAGGAUGGUGCCCUUUUCAUUUGGAAGUAUAUGCUGCGCUACGAUGCGCCCGACGACGCCGAUGAGAACGACGACCAAAACUUGCAGUGGGGCAUCGCCCAACGCCAUUUCUUCAUGCAAAACAACGCUCACGUCACAUGUGCUCAAUUCCAUGCCGAUUCCAACCUGCUGGUCACAGGCUUCUCCCACGGUCUCUUCUUCGUACACGAACUACCCAGCUUCGCCCAGAUCCAAAGUCUCGGCAUUUCGCAAAACGACAUCGACUACAUCGCCAUCAAUAAGACAGGGGAAUGGUUGGCCUUUGGUGCCUCCAAUCUCGGUCAACUGCUGGUGUGGGAAUGGCAGUCCGAGUCGUACGUCUUGAAACAGCAAAGCCACUUUGACUCGAUGAACACAAUCGCAUACUCGCCAGAGGGCCAGCGCAUCAUCACCGCCGCCGACGACGGCAAGGUCAAAGUCUGGGAUGUAAACUCAGGCUUCUGCAUCGUCACCUUCACUGAGCAUAUUGGCGGAGUAACUGCUUGUGAAUUCGCUAAGAGGGGAAACGUGCUCUUUACAGCCAGCCUCGACGGCUCAAUUCGAGCGUGGGAUCUCAUCCGUUACCGCAAUUUCCGCACCUUUACGGCCCCUUCGAGACUGUCUUUCUCAUCUUUGGCAGUAGAUCCUAGCGGAGAGGUCGUAUGCGCAGGCUCCAUUGAUUCUUUCGACAUUCACAUCUGGUCCGUUCAGACCGGGCAGCUUCUCGAUAGACUUGCCGGACACGAAGGUCCAGUGUCGUCGCUAGCAUUCUCACCAGAUGCAGGAACGCUUGUCAGUGGAAGUUGGGACAAGACUGUCCGCAUCUGGAACAUUUUCGCUCGCACACAGACCAGCGAGCCAUUACAGUUGAUGGCUGACGUUCUCUCAGUCGCAUUCCGUCCUGAUUCGAAACAGAUAGCUGUCACCACACUUGACGGGCAAUUGACCUUCUGGUCAGUCUCCGAGGCUGCACAGCAAAACGGCGUGGAUGCACGGCGCGAUGUAUCUGGAGGUCGUAAAAUGUCUGAUCGGCGGACCGCCGCGAAUGUGGCGGGAACCAAGGCCUUCACUUCUGUCAGGUAUAGUGCAGACGGCACUUGUGUGCUUGCUGGCGGCAACAGCAAGUACAUCUGUCUGUAUGAUGCGCAGUCAGGAGUGUUAUUGAAAAAGUUUACAGUCUCGACCAAUCUCUCUCUGGAUGGUACCCAAGAAUUUCUCAAUAGCAAGCUUCUCACUGCUGCAGGCCCACAAGGUCUUAUUGACGAUCAAGGCGAAGCGUCUGAUCUUGAAGAUCGUCGAGAUGCAACACUUCCAGGCGCACAAAGAGGUACUGGUGCAAGACGAACUCGACCUGAAAUUCGCGUCCCGGCUGUGGCCUUCUCUCCUACGGGCCGUGCGUUCUGUGCAGCCUCUACAGAAGGGUUGCUCAUCUAUUCUCUCGAUAAUACCUUCCAAUUCGACCCAUUCGACCUGGACAUCUCCGUUACCCCCUCGACAACUUUGGAGACCCUGGCCCGGAAGGAAUACUUGAAAGCUUUGGUCAUGGCGUUCCGCUUGAAUGAACGCAACCUCAUUCGUCGUGUCUACGAAGCCAUUCCUGUUGCGGAUGUGCCGCUCGUCGUUCAGGACAUUCCCACCAUGUAUCUUGGUCGAUUGUUACGCUUUGUUGCUUUACAAGCAGACGAGUCUCCACAUUUGGAAUUCAAUCUCGUCUGGAUUGAAUCACUGCUCAACAAACAUGGGCGGUGGAUGAAGGAAAACAAGGGCGGGCUAGAAGCAGAAUUACGAAGUGUGGAGAAAGCAGUUCGAAGAAUACAGGCUGAACUUGCAAGGCUGGCCGAUGAAAAUAUCUACAGGAUCGAAUACCUCCUGUCUCAGCCGGUAGAAACGAAGGAAACGACGCUGCAGCUCGACUUUGGCGUUGAAGCGAUAGAGAAAAUCGACCGAGACGGUAUAAUAGACGGUAACGAUGAUAGAGAAGAGGGAGAUUGGCUAGGAUUUGACUAG